AUGGCGGUGGCCUCCCGUCCGCCGGACGAAACUCGGUCACCACCACCUUCUUUCGCGCAAGUUCUCAAUGGAACCAAGCCUAGCCCUCGCAGCUUGAUUUAUCAGGCAGCACAAGAGAAGAAGGAAGCUUCCUUCAUCACAUCCAAACCCUCACUCUACAAAGGUGAAUCACCCUUCUUACUGUCCAAAGAAGAAGAUGCUUGCCGCCGCCGGCCCCCUUUCAGCUCUCUCUCAUCGAAAAAUUUUCUAAAGGACGGCCGAAGAUGGACUUCUUAUGGCAAAGCUUCUAUAUGCAGACAUGGAAAAGGAAAAGUCCAGCCAAAAAUAGAUAAUGUUGUGGUUGAUGGAAACAAAGAUUCUUCAUCAGGCCUCACUUCGGCGGAGAAGGAAAAGAUCUCAAUAGACUUAACAGAGAAGUCCACGCCAAUCAAACCAGUAGCAUCGGCAAAUAGGAAGAUUUCUAAGCAACAAUUAAGUUCAAUUAUUGAAAAGAAUGGCACGGAAGAGAGCAGCUGGGAUGAUGAAGCCGCCGGAAAAAAUUCCAAUUUGGCAGAAAAUUUGGAUAAACAGCUCACUGUCUAUGACCCGAAGUUGAAUAUCUCAUCACGUUUUGAUGUUCUGGCUGAAACAGCUGAUGAUCAUGUCAUAACUAAGGGAAAGGCGAGUGCAGAAACCUUCAUUCAAGUUGAAAAUCCAGAUGAUGUUACAGAUUCUGAAGAUGAUGAAAUACGAAUUGAUAUCGGGGCUGAGCAACCUGUCACGGAUAAUUCAGUUCGUGAUGAUAUAGAUAUUGGCAGACAUUCUGAAGGAAGCAGGCACAUGGUUAUCAGAGCUGUAGAAUCCGAUGAUGAAGGGAAGCAGAAAAGGCCAGGUCGUCCCAAAGGUUCGAUUAAAAGCAAGAACUCUCAGACUGCCGGAACUCGGAAAUCUUUGAGACUCAAUUGCGAUUGCUCAACAACUGUUUCCAAUGAGUAA